CAACUUUCACCCCGGGAAAAGUGAAAUAAACGUGGGAAGUAUGAUCACGAGUAGCGUCAUGCUGUUAUGUUCGGCACCACAGUUGAAGAAUGUACAAUCGUGCAUAUAAUUUCGGCACGAUCGUAUGACACUGCUUCACAAUUUGUACUUGCUUGACUGUCAGUAUGGACCUGGGCAAAGCCAAGUUGCUGAGGACAGGCCUGAACACGCUGCACCAAGCCAUCCACCCCAUUCAUGGGAUCGCAUGGACGGACGGGAAGCAGGUCUGCCUCACCUCCCUUUACUACGCCAACGGUGAGGUGAAAUUCGGUGACACCAAUGUCAUUGGUCAGUUCGAGCAUGUGUUUGGUCUCUACUGGGGCCCACUGUGCUGUUCUGGGUCAGCGGCCCUGUUGGCUGUCCAGCACAAGAAACAUGUCACCGUGUGGCAGCUGCAGCUCAGCUCUCUGGAACAGAACAAGCUGCUCUGCACCCAAACGUGUGAGAUGAGCGAACCCUUCCCCCUGCUUUCCCAGGGAUGUGUUUGGCACCCCAAGCUGGACAUCCUCUCUGUCCUCACCAAGAAAGAUGCAUCCGUGCUGUUCUGUGUCCGCUUGGACAACCGCAGGGUGAAGGCUGAUAUCAAAGGAAGUGGACUCAUCCACUGUGCCUGCUGGACCAAAGAUGGAGUCCGGCUGGUUGUGGCCAUCGGAAGCGCCCUUCACUCAUACAUCUACAACGAUGUUCAGAAGAGUCUUUUAGCAUGCAGCUUCUGCCCUAUCUUCGACGUGGGAGGUUACAUCUGCGCCAUGGAGUCAACAGGCGAGGCCCAGGUCGCUGUGGCCACAGAGUUACCUCUGGAUAGGAUCUGUGGGCUGAACGCAGGCAUAGCGUUUGACGUUCAGUGUGAUUCCGAUUCCUCUCUACCCGGACAUUCUUCUCCAAUGGCGAUGUUGGACGAGGAAGGCUGUAUAGAUGCCCGCCGGAGGUCCUUCGACUCAGAGAGAUCCUACCUUUCCUGUUCCUCCUCUGGCGGUCCCAUGGACCUUACCCACCUGCUGGCCAAGCACCGGAGCUCGGACCCGAGUCCACUAAUACACCUGCGCCGCAAAGACCACGUGACUGGCUCCGGACAGGAUUCGUCUCACCUUAUCCUUGUAACGUAUGAGCGGAAAGUUACCACAACGAGUAAGGUCAGCAUUCCUGGGAUCCUGGUGCCAGAUAUAGUGGCCUUUGAUUCCAGGGGCUCUACGGUGGCAGUGGCCUCCAACACGUGUAGCAUGGUAUUGGUCUACUGCAUCACGUCCUCCGCCAUGCCCAAUGUCCAGCAGAUCUCCUUACAGAAGAAUGAGAGGCCCAAAGGCGUCUGUUUCCUCAGUGACAAGACAUUGCUCCUCAUGAUCGGCAAACAGAAGUCUAACGAUCCCAUCUUCCUCCCCUCCUCCAACACCGACAAGUACAGCCUGCGCCUCACCCCCAAGGAGAUUGUCUACGAUGGAGAAACCCCAGCGUCUCCCUCCGCAAACCAGGAAUCCCCUGUCAAUUUUUACCCAGAGAUUAGGCGCCACUCGGAGCAUGUCUUUUCUAAGACGGAGCAGCAGGAACGUGUGGGGAUCAAGGAGCUGGUGCUUCCCGGAGGAGGUGUAAUCCAGUGCCAUUCUCCGGGGAGCAGCAGGAGGAGGCUGGUGGAAGAACUGAGGAGCCCGGAACCAAGCUCCGUUGACUUCCCCUACUCGGACCUCGGUCAUCCAUCCAGCCAAACCCAUUCCAGUGCUGAUUCCCUCACUAUCGAGAACUUUAACAUGGAGCACGCCAACCGGACAUCAAAUCUUUCUUCAGCUGGACAAGCUAGCAGGGAGUCCAGUCGAGCUUGCUCCCCAUACUAUAAUCCUAGGGAUAAGCCCCACUCGGAGCUCCCCACACUGCCCAAGACCACCCCACUGGCUCACCAAGAGAGGGAGAGGAACUUGGAGCAGCUGUCUCAGAACAUGGAGAGGCUCUUCUCUCGCUUCUAUGAGGUGCAACAGUGUCUGACAGAGAUCAGGGACUUCACUCACAAUGGGAAAAAGGGUCUGGUGACUAGUUACCCUAAUGCCAGUGAACCUCCAUAUGUUAACAUUACUUGUCAGAAGCAGCUGUCGGAGAAUGUGUUCAUAGAUGAGAGAAGGCCAGUGUUGCUUUGUGAUGGGAAGCUGUGUCUGAAGGUUCUUCAGGAGCUGUUUAACCUCAGCAUAGUGGAAAUGAUGUAUGGUCCUUUGUGGAUUGUCUUGGUGGCUGAUGCAGAGGGCUUUGUGCCCCUGACAUUCAAACCCAAAGAAGAGUUUACAGUGAGGAACGGCAAAAGGAAAUCUCCCAUCAAAACCCCUGGGAGUCCUGAAUCCAGCCCCUCAAGCCCUGUCAAAACUCCCUCAAGCCCUCUCAAAUCUAACCCUAACAGAGACAUGAACACAGCCUAACUCAAAAGACAGAAGCCCAAAAAGAAUCUUGCCCAAAACACAGUGGGUUCAUUUGAGAUUGCAGCUGAGUCAGAAAGUUGAGACUGAUCUACAAAUCGCCUGCAUUUUAAAUAACCACUCCAUAAUUUUUUUGAUCUGUCUGUCGCAAUUUAACCAGGAUUGCUUUUGUACAUGGCCAGAGGUGUGAGCAUAGGUGAAAUCACAGAGCAAGAGAUUAGCACACAUACAAGACAAAGGCAUAUCCAAUAAAACAUUCAUAAUGGUGGAUAUCUAAAAACUAAACAAACACAAGUCAACCCUGUCAUCAAGUUUUUAUUGGAAAAUAACGAGUGGAAUUUUGGUUUUAGGAAUGUUUUUGCACUUUUGAAAGAAGCAUGUUUUAAAUUAAAUGUUUACAUAUAGGGCAUAGUUGGGAGAUUGUGCUGUAUGGCCAUCUGGUUCAAAAUGAAGUUAUUUUCUUUUUUCUAAAUGAAGUGCUAUAGUGCAGUGUUUUGGCUGGCCUAGUUCGGGGUAGCUGCCACCACAUCUCAGAAAGAUUUUUGUUUGUGUUUUAAAUGAAUGUAUAUUAUUAAAACCCUCAAAUGUU